AUGGAAGUGGAGAAGUCUAAAUCAAGGCAUGAAAGCAGGGAAGAGAGAGCUGACAACAAGGGGUCGCCUGCUAGAGAAAACAGAGACGGAAGGAGGAAAGAGAAGGAUCAUAGGAGCAAGGAUAAAGAAAAAGACUAUGACCGAAGGGAUAAGGAGCGGGAAAGGGAAAAGGACCACCGGAGGGACAAGGAGAAAGAGAGGGACCGAAAAAGAGAUAAAGAAGGAGACACUGAGAAGGAGAUGGCUAGAAGUAGAGAUAAAGAGAGGGAGAAAGAUAAGAGCAGAGAUUGGGAUAGAGACAGGGAAAGGGAUAGGGACAGGGAAAGAGAUCGGGUGAAAGAUAAGGAGAGGGAAAAAGAAAGAGAUAAACAUAAAGACAGAGAAAAGGAGAGGGAUAAUGAGAAGGAUAAAGAAAAGGAUAAACUAAAAGAGAAGACUAAGGAAAAGGAGAAGGAAGCACACAAAGACAAGGAUAGGUCAAGAGUGAAGGAUAGAGCGAGUAAGAAAAGCCAUGAAGAUGAUGAUGAGACUGAAAAAGCUGCGGAAAGAUAUGACCAUUAUGACAACAGAGGUUCGAAUGAAGGUGUGGAUAAUGUUGAUGCUGCACCUAGUGGGAAAGAGGUAUCUGCGUCGGAAGUUGAGGGUCGCAUUUUGAAGAUGAGGGAGGAAAGAAAAAAGAAACUUGAAGAUGCUUCUGAUGCUCUAUCAUGGGUUGCAAGAAGCCGGAAGAUUGAGGAGAAAAGAAACGCUGAGAAGCAAAGAGCUCAUCAGCUCUCGAGAAUUUUUGAGGAGCAGGUGGACAAUCUUAAUCAAGGUGAAAAUGAAGACAGCGACAAUGGUGAGCAUCUAUCUGGUGUUAAAGUUCUACACGGUUUGGAGAAGGUAGUGGAAGGUGGAGCAGUUAUCUUGACACUAAAAGACCAGAGUGUCCUUGCUGAUGGAGAUGUUAACAAUGAGAUUGACAUGCUAGAAAAUGUGGAAAUUGGAGAACAGAAGCGCCGGAACGAAGCUUAUGAAGCAGCAAAGAAGAAAAAGGGAACAUAUGAUGAUAAGUUUAAUGAUGACCCCGGGGCAGAAAAGAUGAUGCUUCCGCAGUAUGAUGAGCCCGCUACCGAUGAGGGGAUACUUUUGGAUGCGAAAGGCCGCUUUACCGGUGAAGCAGAGAAGAAACUGGAGGAGCUGCGCAAGAGAAUUCAGGGUCAAACGACAAAUACUACUUUUGAAGACCUUAACUCGUCAGCAAAGGUCUCAUCAGAUUACUUCUCACAAGAAGAAAUGCUACGAUUCAAAAAACCCAAGAAAAAGAAAUCAUUGCGGAAAAAGGAUAAAUUGGACGUAAGUGCGCUUGAAGCAGAAGCUGUUGCAUCAGGAUUGGGAGCUGGGGAUCGUGGUUCUCGCAAAGACGGCAAAAGGCAGGCCAUGAAAGAAGAGCAAGAAAGGUCCGAGAAUGAAAAACGGAGCAAUGCCUAUCAGGCAGCCAUUGCUAAAGCUGGUGAGGCAUCCAGACAACUCAGAAUGGAACAACUUCAGCCUAUUAAAGACGAAGAUGAGAGUAUGGCGUUGGCUGAUGAUGCUGAAGAUCUUUAUAAAUCGUUAGAGAGAGCUAGGAAGUUAGCUUUCACAAAGAAAGAGCAAGGCAGAUCUGGUCCUCAAGCAGUUGCGCAUAUUCUGGCUUCCAGCACCAACCAAACGACAGAUGAUAAUAGCGCCACUGGGGCUGAGACAGAAGAAAAAACAGUGGUUUUCACAGAGAUGGAAGAUUUUGUCUGGGGUCUCCAGCGCGAUGAAGGUGUGCGGAAGCCUGAGAGCGAAGAUGUUUUCAUGGAUGAAGAUGAAGCACCCAAGGCUCUUGAAGAAGUAAAAGAAGAGCAACCCGAUGUUUGGACAGAAGGUAAGGACACCGAUAUGGACGCAGCAGAGAUUUCAUCAGAUACAAAAGAGAUAACUCCUGAUGAGACCAUACACGAGGUUGCGGUUGGAAAAGGAUUGUCUGGUGUAUUGAAGCUUCUUAAAGACCGAGGAACCUUAAAGGAGAAGGUCGAAUGGGGUGGUAGAAAUAUGGACAAAAAAAAGAGCAAGCUUGUGGGUAUUGUUGAUGAUGAAGGAAGUAAAGAGAGAUUCAGUGAUAUCCGUAUUGAGAGGAGGGACGAGUUUGGUAGAACCUUAACUCCAAAAGAAGCCUUUCGAUUACUCUCUCACAAAUUCCACGGGAAGGGACCUGGAAAAAUGAAGGAAGAGAAACGGAUGAAACAGUACCAGGAAGAGCUCAAAUUAAAGCAAAUGAAAAACUCAGACACACCAUCCCUUUCUGUUCAAAGAAUGAGAGAAGCACAAGCGCAAUUGAAAACUCCUUACCUUGUCCUCAGUGGCAAUGUCAAACCAGGACAAACUAGUGAUCCUCAGAGCGGAUUUGCGACUGUUGAGAAGGAUGCUCCAGGAAGCUUAACACCACUGCUUGGUGACAAAAAGGUGGAGCAUUUCUUGGGAAUAAAGCGGAAAUCGGAGCCCGGGAACUCGAAUACCCCACCAAAGAGACCAAAGCAUUGA